AUGGCACCCAUCCCAAUCACCAUCGUCACGGGCUUCCUCGGAUCCGGCAAAACCACCCUCCUCCUCAACCUCAUCCCCCAACUCCCUCCCACCUAUAAACUUGCCCUCCUCAAAAACGAAUUCGGCGAUGUGGCCGUCGACUCCCAACUCGCCGCCACUUCCUCCAUCUCCGGCGUCCGCGAACUCCUCAACGGCUGCAUCUGCUGCAACCUCGUCGGCCAACUCAGCGAUGCCCUCGAGCAGCUCCGAUCCACUGUCCAUCCCGACCGCAUCAUCAUCGAGACCUCGGGGAGUGCAUUCCCCGCCACUCUCGCCAUGGAAGUGAACCGGUUGGCGCGGGAGGGCGCACCGUUCGUGCUGGACGGAGUCAUCAGUGUGAUCGACGUGGAGAAUUGGGCCGGCUACGAAGAUACCAGCUACACGGCGAAAUUGCAGGCGCAGUAUACGGAUCUGAUCGUCAUGAACAAGUGGGAGGUGGCCGGGGAGCGCAAGUUGGAUGUGUGUUUGGAUCGAGUGGGUGAUUUGGGGGUGGAGACGCCGUGGGUCAAGUCGGAUCGGGGAUUCGUGGAUAAGGAUGUGUUUUUGGGAAUGGACGGCGCCUUGUUUGCCAAGGAGGGUGGGGUGGUCCAUGAUCAGGAUCAUGGACAUGACCAUAAGCAUGACCAUCAGUCGGAAGUCGAGGUGCUCUCCAUGCAAUUGAAGAAUGCGUCGGGUAAAGUGGUGGAUGUGGAUGGUUUGGAGCGACUGUUGCGCUUGGCGCCCCGGGAGGAAGUCUAUCGGAUCAAGGGAAUUCUGCGGUGCGCCGCGGCCACGCCGCCUCUCGAAUCAUCCGAUGAACCCGAGUCCAGGAGACCGGACCAGUCGGUCGAGUCCAAGUAUUAUAUUCUCAACUGGGCAUUUGGUCGGUGGACCUGUACUCCCUCCGCCGUGGUGGCAGAGUCGGCCGACGAGGCAGUGGCGGCGCGCUUGACUCUCAUCCUGGCACGGUAUGAAUCCGCCAAGUGGAAGAAGAAGUUGGAGGCCGGUGAUUUGGUGCAGGUUGCUGGCAACGAACCGGCCGAUCUGGUGGUGGAGCGAUUGGUGUGA